CGCUACUGGGGAGUGGAGAUCCUAAAUAUAAAUGAAAAUUCUGACGUGCUAAUCCUUAACAGUGAAAACUUCAGUGCUGUCCUAGAGGAUAUAACAAAAGGUAAAUCUGUCUGCAUUCCACAUGGAUAGUUACACCAGUGAUGAAGACAUCGAUGAUGACUUUGACACCCAGCUCAUCAUUCAACAGAGUUUACAGGAUAGUCACAAGCCAGGAACUACACAGCAGUCACCUGAGGAUGAGAGCUUUUUGAGUGCUUACUAUAAGAAGAUAGUUGAAACAAUAGAGACAGGUAAGGAAGAUGUGUUGUCUCAGUUGACCAAGUACCAUUCAGCUUUUGAUGAAGCAGAUGAGAUAGGCUGGCUUCCUCUCCAUAAGGCUGCAGUACAAGUAAAUAAGAACAUUUUGGAAAUCACCCUGAAAGCCUCAAAACUCAGUGUGUGGGAGCAAACCACCCACAAUGGUGAAACGCCACUGUUUUUGGCUGUCAGCAGUUGCCUCUUAGAAAAUGUCAGUUUUCUCCUUCUCAAUGGCUGCAAUCCAAAUACCAAGAAUGUCGAAGGCAAUUCACCUCUUCUUACAGCCGUUCUACAGGACUCCUAUGACAUGGCCUCCUUGCUGAUCAGCCAUGGAGCCAACGUCAACCUGUUGUGUGCCAACAAGAGGACAGCGCUCCACGAAGCAGCCAAGCUGGGCAGACGGGACAUAGUGGCACUCCUGCUGGCUUCCGGGGCACACCCCGACCCACAGAGCUCCUACGGAUUCACUCCUCUCGCUCUUGCUGCCCAAAACGGUCACACUGAAAUCAUGCAACUCUUACUGCAGAAAGGAGCUAAUGCUCUUGGUCAGGCCUCUGACUCUUCUUCCAUCUUACUUGAAGCCGCUAGCGGAGGAAAUCCAGACUCUGUGACUCUCUUGCUAGAGUAUGGAGCUGAUGCCAACGUCCCUAAGAAUUCAGGUCACCUGCCCAUUCAUGUAGCAGCUGACAGAGGUCACUUUUUAGCUCUGAAGAUUUUGGUUCCAGUUACUGAUUUUGCUGCCAUCAAGAGGAGUGGCAUCAGUCCAGUUCACUGUGCAGCAGCGGGAGCACACCCCAAAUGCCUGGAACUUCUCAUCCAGGAGGGAUUUGAUGUGAAUUUCAUGCUCGACCAGAGAAUCCGCAAACACUACGAUGACCACAGGAAGUCGGCUCUGUAUUUCGCUGUAUCAAAUGGUGACCUCUCUUCAGUUAAACUGCUUCUGAGUGCUGGAGCUAUGCCUAAUCAAGACCCAGUUAACUGCCUCCAGAUAGCCCUCAGGAUGGGCAACUAUGAGCUGGUAAGUCUGCUGCUACGGCACGGGGCCAACGUUAACUACUUCUGCAGAGUCAACCCUUUACAUUUCCCAUCGGCGCUGCAAUAUACCCUGAAAGACGAAGUCAUGCUGAGGAUGCUGCUGAAUUACGGGUAUGACACCGAGCGAUGCUUCGAUUGUCCUCACGGAGACAAAGGUCAUCCCUUCUACGCCUUUGAAGGCUGGACAUCUACAGUCAUCAAAGAUACCAUGUUCUGUGAAGUAAUAACUUUGUCAUGGCUGCAGCAUCUCUCUGGGAAGGUUGUUCGAGUGAUGCUUGAUUAUGUUGACCAAGUUAGGAUCUGUUCAAAGUUGAAAGCUGUUCUCCAAAAACAGGGGCUCUGGUCAGAAAUCCAUUUUAUCUUGACAAACCCUCGCUCUCUUAAACAUUUGUGCCGCCUCAAGAUCCGGAAGUGUAUGGGACGUUUACGUCUGCGCUGCCCCGUCUUCAUGUCAUUUCUUCCAUUACCCAACCGUCUAAAGGCGUAUGUCCUUUACAAAGAGUACGACCUUUAUGAACAAGGAAUUUUCACAGGAACCUGGUAAUCAAACUAUUCUGGAUGAAAAGGUUUCUGGAUGUGGAACUGAGGAAAGAAACUGAGAAGACAUUCAUUCAGCCACACCUGUGUACCAUGAUAUGGCACAUCAACAGAGAGAACAGAGGGGCAGGAUUAUGGCCACAGGCCCAGUCAGUUACAGCUUGAUGUUUAUGUGUUCAGUCUUAGCAUACAUUUUUUUCUUUUUGGCAUAAUAUAGUCCUUCUUAAGGAAACUGAAGCUAUAUGAUUAUUUUCUGAUGUAGGGAUUCGUGGCUAUAUAGACUAUUUCAGUAAGUACAGACUUAAAAUUACUUUUAUAAUACAGUUUUCACAUAGAAACUUUGCAAAACUAGCUGGCAUGAAUAGUUUUUAUUUUUUUAAUCAAAGUGUGGUGUCUGUUUAUAAAUGAGUGCUAGAUUAUAUGUAUGUUCAUAUACAAAUAUAUUUAGGAUAUACAUGCACCUAGAUAAAUUAUAUAAUUCUAAAGUUAAUUUCAUCUGCUCCCUGGACCUCCUACGAAUGUAUACAUGUCAUAAAAUUCAAAACAAAACAGAAACUGCCAGUAGAACAGAACUUGGUAAAUGUUUUAGGGAACCACAGAGAGGACAGCGGAUGAAUAUUCAUUAGUAUUACAACUACAGGCCCAACCCACGUAAGCUGACGUACACAAUAACCUGGUCCUUUAAACUACAGGAAUUCCUUUGAAUAGGACCAAGCAGAGCAAGUAUACACUGUAACGUGUCUAGGGUAAUUACUGAAAUGUAAUUUUUCUAAAAGGAAAAAAGUCACUAGAUAUGAAUUAGUACUAUUUCCCCAUGAGUGACAUUUUUUCCCCCAUUUUAGUUGUUAUGGGAUUGCAAUAGAGAUAGAUGUGUAAUAGUAUCAUAAAAGAUUAAGAAAAAGUCCAUUUGUUUUAUAAGCAUCAUUUGAAAUUACUUGGAGCAAUAAAAUAAAAUUCAGAGUAUAUACCAGAUAUUUCAUACAAAAAAGACUAUAAAAAAUCAUGGACUUUAUUAUACAUUAAAAAUCUCCUAACAGCAUAUUUCCUGAAGCCUUAUCAGGAAUACUUAUUUUGACAUAAUGAAAAAAUAAGUUCUCCACUCCACAUGUAUACCACCAUUACAUAAAGUCUGGUUCUUCAAAUUUAAUUCUAAAGAGAAAUGUAGCAUAAUUUUUAAUUGCAUAUACAUGAUUAACAGUAUCAGUGAAAUAAGAAUUAACCAAUUCACUUACAUUACAAAAUCACCAAAUAUACAAAGCGGUUUUGCACAUUAGUUAUAACUUACUCCCUGGUUCUCAUAUUAACCUAAGUAAAUUACAUAUGAGUACAGCCACAAGAGAUUAGUUAAAAAGUAUAAUAUGUUCCAGUUUCAAUUUUUUAUGUAUUAUUAAUUACUAUGGAAGAAAAAAAAAAAUCUCAUGAAAGAAGAGUAAGCCAAACUUGCUAAAAAUAAAGUCAAAGACUUGCUUGCUACAAUCAGUGUGUUUGAAUAUUUAAAGUACAGUUUGAAUGCUUGGAGACUGUUAUCAAAGUCAAUGCUAAUAUUUUUAUUUUAUUAAUUUGGGUGACAGAUUUUGCAAAACAUAGGCUCUUAGUCUGUCAGCAUGUAUAAGAGGAUUCAACUCAAAUACUUGCAAUUCCUAUAUAUAACUCAAAAUGAACUCAGAUGCCUUUACCACACAUGAUGACAUGUGACAUGGAAUGGUAUGAACACCCUAAUACCCUUUUCUCAAGCAUAAAAGUAACAUAAAUUUACCACCUCUAUACUGUGGAAUCUGAGAAUUCCUUUGAAAUUAAACACAAGGUAAUCAUUAUAGUCAUGGCAAAAACUAGACUGGGGACUAUGUUCAAGGUAACAGUUUCAGUUCCUUGUUAGCAAGUUUUCUCAAUUUUACAAGGGGGAAGGAAUAAUUAGUUUGCUAUCUAUUGACUUCAUUACCAUAGUUAUAAAAGUACUGUUGACACAGGGAGCAUGAGUGCCUAGCAGAAUUAGGCAGACUUAAUUCUUUCCUUUUUUUUUUUUUUUUAAUUCUUUUCCUUUUAAAGAAUCAGUUUUGUUAAUGUCUAAAAACCAUUAAAUGCAAGUUUGAAUCUGAGAGAGAUAUCCCAAAAUCUAAUGCCGUUACCACUGGAGCAUCCAAAAG